AUGGGAUGUGUGUUCCAUUGGAGUCAAGCGGUGUGGCGUAAGGUGCAAGAACUUGGGCUGACCCUCCCUUAUGAAAAUGAUUUUAUCAGAAAACUCUUGGCUUUGCCAUUUUUGCCAGCCACAGAAAUUGAAAGAGUGUUCAAUACAUUGAUGCAACAGGCGACUACAAGACCACUGCAAGAUCUGGUAGAGUAUAUCGACAACCAGUGCGUAUCUAGUGCCACCUUCCCUCCUGAAGAAUGGAGCGUAUACAGUCAAGCCAUCCGCACCAACAAUGAUGUGGAGGGAUGGCACAAAGGCUUGAACGGUUGCGCUUCUGGUAGAGUCCACCUUCUAUUUUAUUUGUUAAGGCUCUCCCUUCCCCAAAUUCAAUGA